CGAGGAGGCGGAGAGGGAGAUGGCGCCGAAGAAGUUGCGCAUUCGUGGUGAAGCGCAAGUCCCUGAUGAGAGGAGGGAGCCUACUAGCCAGGAUGCGAAAGCCCUCAUCAUCCCGAACGAAAAAGACAAUUGGACAUAUGACAAGGGGGUUCGCCAGCCGUCGAGCAUGAUUGGAGCUCUUAUUAGGCAGUACUGGCCGGGCUUUUACACUCCGGUCCCCGGCGGCGAGAAGAAGCUAGCCGAGACUUGGGCGGACUAUGAGGCAGCUCCUUGCCCGGGCUUUGGGACAGCUUCUGACGCCGUGUACACCAAGAGCGAGAAUAAGGAAGACGCAUUUGAGGCCUUGGUAGCGAGGUGGGUUGGCGAAGACGCCGACUUCAACGCCAAGAGCGCGCGCAACAAGGCAAACCGGGGCACUGGAGGAACACACAGUGCGGGAAGCCGCAGACACCGAGCGCUACGAGAAGCACAAGGAGGCGGAACUCGGGGAGCCUCUCACCGAGGUGGGAGGGUGGCAGAAGAUGAAGGCUGA